AUGGAUUUAAACGAUAAAGAGCAUGAAAAAUACGUACAAUCUUAUGGUUUGUACAAGAAUCGGCCGCGAAUCAACUUCGUGAAGUCUCAAGAAGAACAAACAGAAAGCCAGAAAAAAAUCAAAGAAAAAGAAUCUGUUUCAUCUUUUUAUUACUCUCUAUUUUCGGAAGAUGUGAAGAAUGUGAAAGCAAAUGCUGUCAAUGACAUAUCUGGGUCGGUAUGUCCUACUUGUCAAAUAUUCAUUAAAGCUGAAAACCAAAUAACACACGCAAAGUCUGUGAGACAUUUAUUAUCGAUAAAUCAUAUAGAUAAUAAAUUCCAACCUGGUCUUGUGAAGCCAGAAAGUCUUGGUUAUCGAGUUUUAUCCCAAUUUGGGUGGUCUCCGAAAGGCCAUGUUUCUGGACUAGGUGCUGAGCAUCAGGGACGUCGAGCCCCUGUCCGUCAUGCAAGGGUUAAAAAUGAUACUUUGGGAAUUGGAAUUCAAUUGCGUCCCAACAGAUUGAAACCCAUUUCUAGAAAAGGUAAACGGUAUUCUCAGUUUCAACAUAAUCGGGAUGUUCGUUUAAAACAGGCGUUGUUAAAGCAUUUUUCUUCGAAUUACUAG